CAAGUGAUUAACUUCAUUCGCAAGAAUAUUCAAGAGCAUAGAUCACUUCAGAAAGCUUGUGAAGAUCUAAUGGAUCGCUGUUUAGCCAAAGACAGCGAACUUGGAGGUAUAGGAUGCGAUAAUAUGACGGUAAUAAUUGUGGCCUUUCUUAAUGGAAAAUCGGUUAAGGAAUGGUAUACUUGGAUGGAAUCGAGAUACGGAAAGGAAUACCAAGAUAUGAAUGAUAUGAAUGACGACUUAGAAGGAGACAUGGAAAUCCCAUCGGAGGAUAGUUACGACGACAACGACCACGAAAAUCAAAUCAAUCUGACCAUUGAUGAUGUACACCGUUUAAGCAGCGAUCAAAAUAAUAAUGAAACACCAUCCGGCGUUCCAAAUUCUCUUGAUAACCCACGAUCCCUUCCUUCAGACCCAAAUAUACCUCCAAGAGGUUUUGAUAAAUUUCACAGGGAAGGACGGAGAGCUCUUUCUGAAGACAAAG